CACUAUAUACUAUGGAGAAAUAAUUAGUUUGUAUUGAACCUUACCUGGGUAGGUGUAUGAACCACUUCAUACACGUUAAUUCUCUCAUAGCGUCUCUCAGAGCAGCUUUGUAUAACAUACGUACGUUACUUUUUAAUGUCACGUUAUGUCAAACAGCAUGGAUCAACCUUGGACUCGCAGGACACGAUAUCUAAUGUUGGUUCUCGUGGCUCUACUCGGAGUUUGUUGGCUUUUAUUCGCAGUGACCUUAACUCAUGGAAAGGAUACAAAAUACUUUGUGUGGAUGACUUCCUUGCCGAAAACUGUUUAUGCUCAUCGACAGAGGUUUAAAGUCAGCCAGAUUAGGACAACACGUGAUCAGCGGAAGAUAAUGGACUCACUUGCUGUUUCUACUCAACAACAGAGCAUCAAACAAGCCGUGUUUAUUCCAACACAAAGACGUGGUGGUAUCAUGGAUCAGAGGAAAGCAGAUGUAAUAAAGUUGUGCAGUAAAAAUACUGCUUACAAACGUCCCCACCGGGACCAUAUGCUAUAUAAUAAGAACAAACAAUUUAUCUUUUGUAAAGCAACGAAAGCCGGAUCGACAUUCUGGGGAAGACUUUUACUUCAAGUGGACAGACAUGUGAUAGCGAAUCCUUACAAAAUAAAACCUCAAAUUGGACCGAUCAACGUGAUUCCUACAAUUACAGAAUGGUUAAAGUUUAACGAAAUCUUACAAAGUUCUACAAAGUUCAUAAUAGCUCGUGAUCCUUUAGAGCGGUUAUAUUCCGCCUAUGUUGAUAAAGUGUUUUCUCCAAACCCAUAUUACUGGGAUGUCAUAGGUACCUAUAUAGUAAAAACAUUUAGGAAAACUUCAAAACGUACCUGCGGACAUGACGUGACAUUCCCAGAAUUCCUCCAAUAUGCCGUUCAUGCCGAGACUUCCGGCAAACAUCGCGAUGUACACGUGGCGUCUUUGUGGGAGACAUGUUCUCCCUGUCAUGUCAAGUAUGACAUCAUAGGCAAAAUGGAAACUUUCAAAGAUGACACAGAUGAUAUUCUUGACAAAUUAAAACUGGAGCCUUACAAAGCAGUAUUGCGUAACAUCUCCAUUGACGCCGUAAAUGAUGCGUUAUACGAUACAGCUCAGGCGUACGUAGACAUGCGCACUCCAUCGUUAGAAUGUAUCUCAGAGCAACAUACAGUCGAACGGAUAUGGACGAAGUUGAAAUCUAGAGGUUUCAUUGCUGCUGAUGUGCCCGUUCCUACGGAAUUGUACAACAAAAAUGAAACAGCAGUGUUGGAAAUAUUCAAAUAUGCAUAUUCUAAAUCAGUUCUUAAGUUGGGACGUGAAGGAUUGAAAAGACAGCAAAAGGCUAUAUUUUUUGAAACGUUAAGAAAACUACCGGAUCAAAUGCUGACACAGGUAGCAAAAGCGUAUCACAAAGAUUUCGAAAUGUUUGGAUAUGACCAGAAAUUUAAAUACAUAUUUCAAGAUUCUACCAAUUCUGAUUUUUCCGUCAGUGAUAGUUUUUUCUGAAUUUAAUAAAAAGAGAUUUCGCCUGUUUUGUAUUGUGUAUAAAUAUGAUGUCACAUUUCUUUAAACAAAAUACAACUUUCUGCUAAGGCCGGACGCUUACAUCUUUAACUAGCUAAUAAAACAAACCAGGAACACCACUAUUUAAAGUGAGCAUAUUCAUACCAAGUGUCAUUCAUCAGUAUAUUUCAAGACGGGCCAAAGCAAACAACAGAACGGCAGGAUAGGCCUUGUGUAAUGAACUCCAUAAACUAAUGCACCAUAACCAGUCGUCGUUGUAUUAAAAAUGAUACCUGAUGCGACUCUCUCUUCGUUUGCUGGAUACAAAUUGUGUGAACUGUCAUUGGUUACUUUAAAAUGUAUGUUCUAAAUUCAAUUAACUUGUCAUUUAUUUCAGAAAGAACCAUUCCUUCUGUAUAUUAACAGAGACAAGGUGAAGUAAUUGGACCUUCAGCAUUCGCAAAGAAAUACGGGCACUAACUACUUUAACAAAUAACAUUUCUAAUUAUAAACUAUAACAGAGAAAUCCAUUUGUGAUGAAAUUGUCUUUCUUAUUAAACCGUGUGAUAGUUGAGUGAACCAAUAA